CUGUCACUUGGACAAAAAACAAAAUAAAAAAAAAAUUGAAAUUUUAUAAAGGUUAUACGGAAGAUGAUUGGAAAAGGUGAUAAGAAUCUUUAGCCUUGUAAUGAUGUUUGUUUCUAUUUAGAACUGUUUUCUUUAAAUUAGCUUGGUAAUUGAAGUUCUAUUUUAUCAAACGUAAAAAACUUCCAUCACCCAAGAGAUUAAAUUACAGUUUGACUAAGAAGAUUAACUUUUUUAAUACCAUCUUCGAGAUCCUCACUCCAGCAGCUCAUUAACAUGAAGCAGAUUUUAGUGAUGGGAACAUAUUUAUAAGAAGAAGCUGGGAUGGAUCGAUAGUAACAGUGUUCUGAUUCAUAGAGGGAAAAUUCUUCGAAGUACAUUGUGCUUUCAUUGGCAGAAAUGAUGGGCGGCGGAGAAUGCUCUGAAUCGGUUACUGUGGGCGAGCCCAGAGGACAGCUGAAGACUGGAGACACGGGCCAGUGGUUGCCUUCACACUGAUCGUCUGCUUCCAGGGCAUUCACCACCAUUCUCCAGCACCCCAAACCUUUGAAGGUCUUGGCAAGAGGUCAUGGUCUAAAGAAAUUCCACGAACUCUUAACAAACGUUUAAGAAAAUGUCACUAUAAGGGAAAUUGGAGACUAUUUUGGACGAUGAAUGUUCAAUUCUUAAUUUUUUUUUCUUUUUUGUAAAUGGAAACAGAUUCAACAUAUUUUAAGAUAAAAAUGUUUUUC